AUGUCUCUGGAGCUCAAGCUACUUUGGAAUCACUACUACAACAGGCACCAACCACACUGUGGUAGCAGCUGCCUCAACAAUGGAGAUGUGGAACAUCUGCCAGGCAUCUGCCAGGAGAAGAUCUUCGACCUGCAACUUAGGUGGGGUCUCUGUGCAGGUAGAUCUACAACCGCAGCCCAACCCACCACCCCAUCUCCACCUACAUCCACACCUCCACCUACAUCCACCUCUCCUGCUGUUCUCUCUGUGUUGUCAUUUAUUGGAUCAGUCUGUGUUGUGGUUCUACUGGUGUUACUGGUUCUGCUGGUGAGACGAUGUGUUCACAGGAAACCUGAAGCAGUUCAAGAUGAAGCAGCAGAAGAUGAGGUCAGAGAUGAAAUCAACUACAGUGACAUCAACAUAUCAAAUCCUCAACUUGAGCCAAACGAACAGAAGAAAGAGAGUGCUCCAGCUGCAGACUACUCAGCAGUGAGGACAGAGAACAUCAGCUAUGGACGAAUCAUCAUCAAGGAGAACAAAAACAGAUCAAAGAUGAGAGAGCCUGGUCCAGCCGUGGUGUACUCAGCAGUGAGAACAGAAGACGUCAGUUAUGAACAAAUAGCCGUCACACCAAAGAGGAAAAGAGCCUUUAAACCAGAGCCAGACAUCGUCUACUCUUCACUGAAGUAGUCCACCAGUCCAACCACUGACGUUCAGCUGCUGCUCUCUGACUGCUCCCCCAGCACCUCACACCACAGACCAUCAUCAUGUUACAUGGGGUGGUUAUGGCUCAGAAGGUAGAGCAGGUCAUUGACUAAUCGGAAGGUUGGCGGUUUGAUUCCUGGCUGCUCCAGUCUGCAUGCCAAAGUAUUGUUGGGCAAGAUACCGAACUCCAAGUUGUUCUCCGAUGCAACAUCAGAGUGUACAUGGGUGAAUACAAAUAUGUUGUAUAAGCGCUUUGAGUGCUCAGCUAGAGUAGAAAAAUAUAAGAACUAGUCCAUUUACAA